AUGCGCAUUUAUAAUGUGUUUUACUCCACAAUAAAUUGGUUGUGGAGUCUAUUCAUUCGGGCGCAUAAAAAAGACCUCGAGUUUAGUGACCUCUACCGGUGCCCGGAAUCAGAUGAGACACAUCGGGUCCGACGGAAGCUGGAAAUCAAUUGGGAUAAACAAUUAAAAAGUAAAAGAAAACCAUCGUUAUAUUGGGCACUAUUCGCAUCGUUCGCACCCGAACUCAUAGUUCUUUGUAUAAUCGAUGCAAUCCGGGAUGUGGGGCUAAACUUGUUUCAACCGUAUUGUAUCGUGUAUUUGGUCAGAUAUUUCAGCAAUGAUCCCAACAUAAGCCAGUGGUUGGCCACGUGGGCAGCCGUGGGUAUUGUGCUGGCGUCAAUUGGUAGCAUGUUGAUAGUACAUGUGAAUUUUGCCACGUGCAGCAAAGUUGGGCUCAGAAUUCGUGCCGCCUGUUGUGCCCUUAUCUACCGCAAGUCAAUGCGUUUAAGUCACUCAUCACUCGGACAGACAACCGUUGGCCAGAUAUUGAACAUUAUGUCUAACGAUGUCCACAGAUUUGAUGAGAUCACAAUCAUUAUUUGUGGCGCCACUGCAGGCGGCGAUUGUGUUAUACCUAUUGUGGCCAUCCCUUCGGUGGGCGGGUUUUGCCGUCGAAUGUUUCGAAAAGUACGCCAAAAGACGGCCAAAUUAACCGACAGUCGAAUCCGUUUAAUGCAAGAGAUUAUCGCCGGAAUGCGUGUCAUAAAGAUGUACGCCUGGGAACAGCCCUUCGCACUGUUGGUCGCAACCGCUCGCAAGUCAGAAGUGAAACAAAUUCGCGUUAAUCUUUCGAUAUAUUUUGUUAUAUUACGGGUUAUAAUAUACGCCUGUUUUCUAACAUAUGUACUGACGGAUGGGCUGUUGUCGGCGGAGACAGCCUUUGCCACUAUUGCCUACUUUAAUGUCAUGCGUUAUACAAUAGGGUUGAAUGUAUCGUUAACUAUAGCCGUUUGUAGUGAACUAAUUAUAGUCAUCAAACGUAUCCAGAAUUUUCUAUUACUCGACGAGAUGAGUGGUUUGGAUGAGAGGGAAGGGAAAGACAACGAGGCGUUCAUUUCGAGUGAAAAUGAGAUAAUUCUCGGAGUAAUGGAAAACAUUUCGAGUAAUGAAGAAAAAGGCGUUUUUAUAGACAAAAUGAGCGUUCGUUGGAAUAAUGAGACGACUGAACCCACGCUUCGGGACAUUAGUCUAAGUGUAAAACCCGGCGAACUGUUGGCUGUCAUCGGAUCGGUUGGCAGUGGAAAGAGCUCAUUAUUAAUGACAAUACUGAAUGAGAUAUCGCUAGUGUCAAGUCGAGUGGUAGUGAGGGGUCGG